GCCCGGCCUCGCCAGCACGCAUGGCCUGGGCUCGCGCUGCCUGGCCCCGGCCGCCGCUGGCUGUGCGGGUUGGACCUCUGGCGGCCCGGCAGUGAGUUUCCUGCGUGAGCAGCGGCGGUGACGUUCUCCCGCGCCUGGGGCAGGCGAAGUUCCGCGCCCCGACUUUGCCGCGACCUUUGCGGGCCCGCCGGCGGGUGCGGGCGGCGAGCGUCUGCGCGGGGCGGAGGGAAGCCGUGCCGCGGGAGGGAGGGCACCGUGUCAAUUUUUUUGUGCGGCCGCGGCUGGAGCCUGUGGCGCGCGGGCGGCGAGCGCGGGGACCCCGGCGUGGCAGAGCCAUGGAUGGCCGGGCUCGGGCCAUGGACUCCGCAAAAAGCGGCAGUCACAGCGAGACCUGGAGACGCGCUCCCGGCGCGGCGGGCGGUGGGCGGCGGCGGGGCCGGCUGGACCUGGGCGCCCUUGCUCCCCUGGUCGUUGGGCUCCGACAAGGAAGACAAUGGGAAGCCCCCGUCCUCCGCCUGGUCCCUGCCCAGACUUCCGCGGAGGAAGCGGCGCGAGUCCACCUUGGCCGAAGAGGACAUCAAGUUGCCAUGACCAGCUUUGUCAUUUUUGAAGCGCUGGAGGAGUCCUGUGGAACCUCUCGUCAUAUGAUGCACUCAAAAUGCCAAUCAUCCAGGACGCCCUGGAAGUAUUGACCAAUGUGGUGAUUAUCCCCCACUCAGGCUGGGAAAAUUCACCUCUUCAGGAUGAUCAGAAAAUACAGCUGCAUUCAUCACAGGUGCUGCGCAAUGACACUGGGUGCUUAAGGAAUGUAAGUUCAGCCAGAGAGGAGGCCCACUGGAGGAUGUGGGCGUGUGAUGUGCUCACAGAUGCCUUACUUUAUGUGGUCCAGUCUGCACUUGGGAGCAGCGAGAUCGACAGCCAGACUAUUCAAAACUGUGUGUGCAUCUUAAGGAACCUCUCGUACAGGCUGGCAGCAGAAACGUCUCAGGGACAGCACAUGGGCAUGGAUGAGCUGGACACGCUGCUCUGUGGCGAGGCCAUCAUCAAGGAUGCGGAGAGCUCUGGGUGCUGGGGCAAGAUAAAGAAGAAAAAGAAAUCCCAGGACCAGGUGAUGCUGGACACUCACAGCUGCAUGCACUCAUUCCCUCCCUUCUUGCAACGUGAAUUUCCUUUCUGUAUGUCCAGAUACCCGGUUUGCAUUUCCACUGUGUGGUAAAAUCAGUGAAGCGCCUGCACAGUUUUCCUGUGGGAAUUUCACAGCUGAAACGGUGAAAGUUAAAUAACUACCCCCAUGUCUUGCAGCUGAGCCAAGAUGGGAAAUUUCAAAAUAAGAAAAAAAGCCAAGCAAGGUGUGACAGCUCCUAGAGUGGAGGUGGACCCUGGGGCUGAGCCUACUAUGUGUUAAUUCCCACAUGCACUGAGGUCCUUGUGGGGCCAGGCUGGCUGCCAUGUGGGUGGCAGAGAUGCCUGGAAUAGACGUGCUGUAUGAAGGGAAGCACAAAAUCCAAUGAGUGCUUUAUUGCAUGUUUGGAGAAGGUUUGGUUUUGCAUCUUGAAUUUGCUAGUGUGAGUCAGAAUUCGCAGCCCAUCCACAGAAUGGCAUCAGAAGUUUGGCUGUAGGGACUAUUCAAAGCCCUUUGUGGCUGGAGAGGGAGACCUCUUCAAACAAAAUGCUUUUCCCUUGUGCAACUGUAAGUGGGUCCCCUACAGUCAAGUAAAGGCCAGUAGGCAGCUACCCCUCCUCAUUCCAGGGUAUCGUAACAGCCUCCACCACAUCCCCAGGGCCCCUGGGAGAUGAAGCCCUUACCCCAAGCUGCCCUCACCCCAGGAAAGGGAGUAGUGGGAAGGAACUGUUCAUUCUGCUGCUGGCCAAAACCCUGCCACUGAGGAUUUCCCUAUUUCUCCCCACACUGGGGUCUCACAUCCAUGUCCUUCCCUGGAUGCUGAGGUCACAGUCCAGAUUGCCCUGGACACUGUGGUCAUAUAUCCAGCUUCUGAGGGUUAUACUAACUUGGAACCUGACUGGCCUGGGAAAUAGGUUGGAAUGCACAACACCCUCCAUUGACAGUCUUUGAAUUCAAGAUAAAUAUGCAAAUGCAUUUGUCAAGAUCACAGUGCAGAAUUUCUAAACUAUUUGAGAAAUAAUUUUGCCUCCAGUAAAGGUAAGGCUAAAGAAGAUAUUUUGAGUAAGAAUCAAUGAGAAUGCAUUCUUAAGUCUAAUUCCUGAAUUCUACUUGAAUACAUCAGGGUUAGCAUUUGUUCUAGGUUCCAGUUCUCUAGUGGUUUACAGCUCUGUGACCACUCCUGGAUUUAUGCAUUCAUCUUACACAUGCCUGUACUUUGGGAGAUCCAUGCUCACACUCUCUUUGACAGCACCAGUUCAUUAGCCCACUGUGAACUAAGCCCAGCCCCACUUUUUCCCCUUUCCUGAGUCAAGCUGUAUCUUUGAUCCUCUCCCUGAAAGGAAGGAAUCUGUGGGUAAGGAUUGAGCCCUGAUUCUUAAUAUCUUCAACCUCUCUCCGGGGGUGGAGGGGCCCCUGGCAAGUGUUUACCAAACCCUCCCAAUGAGAGCACCUGGCUAGGUGCUGCCUUGCCCUUGAGUUUUGCACCUAUAUAGACAGAUAGAUAGAUGGAGGAAAGACAGGAGAGACCUGCCCUACCCUGACAUUGCACAGAUCACUGUUACUGGUACCCAGGUGCCCUGCAAGAUUCACAGUAAUACCCGAGAUGCCAGGGAAGCAGGAAUUUAGUCAUCAGGACCCUUUGUGCAUGAUCCUUGGGCAUUUUGUUAAUACAGAAAAAUGAGGUGUGGUGACAUAAUUAAGGGAAUUUAGUAGGAGCUCCCUGUUCCUAUGAGAGAAGUGUCUUAUCACUGAACUCAUUCCACAAUUUUGCAUAUACUACUACUAAUAAAAAUAAUAACUUUUAUGUAUUUUACUGUUUGCACAUUCUCUGGAAACUGCACAGCCCCUUCUCACCUGUACCCAGGGGGUUUCUCUCCUGCCACCUUGACAGCUCUGCAGGGGAGAGCAGGUUGGGGAUAGUAGACUGUGCUGUGGCAGCUUGUCACUGGACAGCAUGACCUUUCUCUCUGCCAGCAAGUUUCUCUGUAUGCUGCAAUGCUGAAGAGCUAUAAAGAAUUCCACUGCCGGGCAUACCAUGAUGUUGUGAGCCAGUCCCUCUUUUUAGAAAAUGAAGUUGCUUCUAAUUUUUCACUAGUGUAAACUGUAAUAAACACCCAUGUAGUUAAA